AUGAUUUUAGUUAGUCAAGAUGAACCAGUUCAUUUCGAGUUGGAAGAAGAUUUCGAAGAAUAUCCAAAAUCAAAAUAUGGUUGGGCAACACAUAGAAUACCAUUUACAAGAAAACAAUGGUUUUAUUUUAUUGUAAAUCAAGCAAUUGCAAAUUUUGUAUUGAAUUUUGUUUUAAAUUUUUUCCUUACAUGGUUAAUGUAUCCAAAAACCGAAAAUUAUUGGAUUACUUAUAGUGGAAAAUUCACAGAAUGUCUUUUCACAGAUAUCACAGUAACAUGUUUUGUAUUACCAUUCCUUUCGAAUAUUGCAGGUUCAUUUAUGGUAACUUUAGACCUUAGAAAAGGUAAAAUGAUUCAACCAAUCGACGAACGUUGGUUAAAUCAUCCAUUAAUAAGAAGAGUUCCAACUGGUAUUUAUUGGAAAUCAGUUUUAAAGAGAUCAGUUAUUUUAGGUUGUGUUGGAUUUAUUUUAGCAGGACCAAUUAGUUUAAUUUUAAUAUAUGUUGCAGUAGGUUCAGAAGGUAUGUUAAUAAAAUGGACAUUUUGCAUUUUCAAAGGAUUUUGGUGUGCAUUUUAUGCAAUGUUAGUUUGUCCAUUCAUCGCUUUCAUCAUUGUUGCUUCUUAUAAUCCAAGACAAACUUUCUUUGGAAAGCCAAAUUAA